AUGAUGGACAACCAUACCUCCAUAAAAUACUUCAACAUUCUUGCAUUUUCCAGUAAAACAGAAAAACAACCUCUUCUUUCCAUUACAUUUAUGAUUAUCUAUCUCAUAGGAGUAUUAGCCAAUACAAGUCUUAUUCUAGUAAGCGUCUUGGAUACCCAACUACAGACCCCCAUGUACUUCUUUCUUCGAAACCUCUCCUUUGUGGACAUCAUAUUCACCACAAUUACCCUCCCUAAAUUAAUUAAUAUUUUGUGGAUGGGAAUAAACACAAUUUCAUUCAUUCAAUGUUUCAUUCAAGUCUUCUUCUUUGUGUUUAUGGCAAGUACGGAUGAUAUCUUACUGUCAUGUAUGGCCUAUGACCGAUACAUUGCCAUCUGUUACCCAUUGCACUAUCACAUCCUGAUGAACUGGAAAAAGGCAGUAUCACUUUUGGGAGGAACUUGGGUGAUAGGAUGUGCGAACGGCUUAAUUACUGCUUUGUUUGUUUCGAAUUUAUCUUUUUGUGAGUCUAGAAUGAUCCAGAACUUCUACUGUGAUAUUAAAGCUUUGUCUAAAAUAGCAUGCACUCCCAAUGGGCUUCAAAUAUUUAUCUAUUUGGAGACUUUAUCACUGGGUCUUGGACCCUUCUUAGUCAGUCUUACUUCUUACAUCAAGAUAAUUGGGGUUGUGUUGCAAAUCCAGUCCCCGGAGGGUAAGAGGAAAGCUUUUUCCACCUGUACAUCUCACCUCACAGUCCUAACAAUUUUCUAUGGGUCAAUCCUACUACAGUACACUAUGCCACCAUUAGAAAAAGUGCACUUUUUAGAUAAAAUCUUCACCGUUCUGUACACAGCCUUAACUCCUAUGUUAAAUCCAAUCAUAUACAGUCUACGUAAUAAAGAGGUAAAAAGUGCGAUAAUGAGGAUCCUAAGAUAA